GCUGGUUUAAGCUUCUCACAACUUCUUAGCGCCGUCCAAUUAUUACUUAGAGUUAUUCGUUAUUAUUUUAAGAGACACCCCCCCUUGUCUCUCAAGAUAAUCGAAACACGGUUCCCUCCAGGGGUUCGAUCCACCCAUCCUUGGACCCAGAUUCUGGCUCCGAAACGCAUCAUGUUAGAACUGAGGCUCCGUGAGAGCUUGAGGAUGAUGGCUUCAUCUUCUUCUCUUUCUCUCACAUUUUUGCUGGCUUUGGCUGCUUUACCAAUGGCUUCCGCACACGAUCACAGUUCUACGCAUAUCGAAGAUGGCCACGCCAUUUCCGAAGAUCCUAUUGACACAACACUAUGGAUUCAUAUCUUCGUUCAGAUGUUCGCUUGGGGCAUCAUAUUUCCCUUAGGAAUGGUUCUUGGAAUCGUCAAGUCCCGAUGGCACGUCCCUGUCCAGGUUCUGGGGACAGCACUGGCGAUCCUCGGAUAUGCCCUAGGUCAUAUGCACGGCGGCCGCGAGUUUCAGCACUCCAACGUCCACUCGAAAUUCGCAUCGCCGAUCUCUUUACUUCUUUUCCUCCAAAUUCUCAUGGGCAUCUACCUGAAGCUACACCUCGAGAAAGGUAUAAACGGGAAAAUCAGACGAUUCGUGAAGAUCGGACACGGCGUAGUCGGAAAAGCGUUACCUGUUCUAUCAUGGACGCAAAUGCUCUUUGGCGGUAUUACAGCUCUCGGUUUCUGCCAGGGUGAUCAUCUUGGCCAAUGUCUGGCGCAUUUCAUUAUGGGAAGCGCUUUUAUCGCCUACGGAGUCCUCUUGACGUUGUUAUUGCUCGCCGGACAGCUUUGGUUAAGGCGUACUGGGCGUUCUCAGGAGUUCUUCGAUAGUGCCGUCAUCGCCGCUUGGGGAGUAGUUAAUACCUUCACCGAACACCGAUGGGGCACGGCGUGGGUCAAGAAUGACUGGCAGCAUACCACGAUGGGUAUUAUCUGGUGGUCAGCAGGAUUGGCCGGAGUUUGGUUGAGUAAAGACCGUGAUGGACGACCGCAGCGUAACUUCAUCCCAGGCUUCGUCCUCCUAAUGACCGGUUGGGCUAUGAGCGCCCAUCCCCAAGAAUUGAUGAUCAGCGCCGAAACUCACAAAAUGUUUGGAUACACGCUCAUGGCAGCUGGUGUCACGCGUAUCAUUGAGAUAUCUUUCGUUCUUCGUGAUCAGCCUGGUUCAUCCGAGGAUGGCCGAGGAACGACUAGCUUCCAAUACGUCCCCGUCUUUUUGCUCUAUGCUUCUGGGUUUUUAUUCAUGGGUGCUACAGAGGAACAGAUGUCUCUAGUCGCAGCCUCGGGUAUGGACCACGUCGCUUACAUCUUAAUAUUGUAUUCGCUCGCCUUCCUACUCUUCCUCUUCGUAAAUGUUCUUAUCGGAGUUUAUGACCGGAACAGUACCCCAGCAGUUCCUACCAAAGAAGUAGCGAAUGGUAGAUUAGGUCCCCGGGUAAACGGCAAUGUACCGUUAAGGGACGCUCAGGAGUUUGAGUUGGAAGGCUUAAUGAGCGACGAUGAGGAUGCAAGGCCGCUGAGGGAUGACGACAGCGCGUUGAACAGCCCAAGCACUGUUGGCAAGAACAGUGAUGGUGUUGCUCACUGAUCAUUGUUGAGUAAAGUGUUAAGCGGAAAGUCUAUAUAUCGUAAAGAUAUCUGGCUUAGAAAGAGAUAUACAUCAUUGUCGUUAUUGCAUAGGCCACUGGCGUCUGGAUAAGGGUUUUUGGAAGGUACUUAAGGUAGGUAGGUAGGUAGUUUAUAAAAGGGAUCAGUUUGAAGCUCAUAUCAACAAUGCGUUUGAAUAAAGCUAUUCUAAAGCGGUGCCAACUGUAGGGUUAUAUACCUACCUCUAUUGUUGCUAAGUACUGCAUUCUCUUCCUUGCGAUCCGUGAAAGUCUAACAGGUGCCAUGGGAACUUCAAGUCGAGCAAAUUUCGAUAGCAGUAUUGCUCGCGACUCAGAGCCUCACAUUUUCAUAUGAGCGCAAGAAUCAACCAAGGAAAGCAAGUCUAUGUAGGGUCAUGUAGGUAGCCGAGGAUUCCUUUUGGCAACUACAAAAUGUCUUCGAAGCUCCCGCUCCACAAUCCAAGUCCAGACCAGAUCCCCCUACUCAAAUGAUCGGCAACCAAUAUCGAGAUCUUAGCAAGAGUAUAUGUCUAACUGCCAGCAAUUUGCGGAGACCCCGCGUUCGACAAGAUCCCUAUACCUAAUUCGCCAAGACGGAAGAUUGGCCAGGCACAAAGGUCAACCGCGCCCGAUGAGGAAAAUUCCCUAUUUAGCCAACGAGCUUAUAUAA